UGAAUGGUACCAACAAAAAGUUUAACCACUUCACCGACCUCACUGACAUGGCUGAACGCGCGUGCUGGCAGAUGUUCCGGAGUCAGAUCUGGCUCGUUUAAAGACCCGAUUUCCGGGAUCUUUUUAAUCUGUCAGCCAAACGUCUUAUAUUUGUGCUUUUGAUUUGAAGACGGCACUUUGAGCGUGCUCGAUGUUGUUGUGGCGAUGGGUAGUUCAAUCAUUUUCUUAUUGGCGGAGUCCCCAACCCCCCCUGGUGUCAGCGCUGGUUCAGUCUGGCUCGCCCCCAGUACGUGCAUUUGUCCCGGGAUGACCUGUUGAUGUCUGUGAAAUAAGAUAAGGUGGGGUAUCCGAACUAGCGCGAAAUCGCCAUGGAACAUUAACUUUGAAAUCCCGCGGACUGAAAAGUAUGCACUUGGGUGUUUUGGGGAUGCUAAUACCGGCUGCUCAUUGAAUCGUUGGAGAUUCUUGAGUGUUGCCGUUGUAACGGAACGGGGCGAACGCUCGUUUUUGGCGGACCCGUCUAGGCCCGAGGAUGUAGGCACGCUCGUUCUCGGUGCGGUGCAUUGGCAAAGACGGGACAAAAGCGGCAAACUUGCUCGAUUCGUGCGACGCGACGCACCGCGUACCUCCGCUGGGUUUGUGCUCGCUCGCAUGUAGGUGCUGCAUUUCUCACAGAGUGGCUCACAGUGCGCGGGUUUGCCAUCGUUCUUCGCCCCCUUCACGGCCCGUGCCAGGGGAGAACUCCGGACAGACGGACUGACACAGACUCAUAACAACGCUGUACUGGCAGGUCUGGCGGCCAAAGAUUUCUCUGGUGGUGCUGGCCAUAGCGCCAUGGCUCAGACCCUUCAGAUGGCGAUCCCAAACUUCGGCAACAAUGUCCUGGAGUGUUUGAACGAGCAGCGGCUGCAGGGGCUGUACUGCGAUGUGUCCGUGGUGGUGAAAGGCCACACCUUUAAAGCCCACCGUGCCGUGCUGGCGGCCAGCAGCUCCUACUUCCGUGACCUUUUCAACAGCAGUGCGGGCAGCAAAACCCCUACGGUGGUGGAGUUGCCCCCGGCCGUACAGCCGCAGAGCUUUCAGCAGAUCCUGGCCUUCUGCUACACCGGCCGCCUCAGCAUGAACGUCGGAGACCAGUUUCUGCUCAUGUACACGGCCGGCUUCCUCCAGAUCCAGCAGAUUAUGGAGAAGGGCACAGAAUUCUUCUUGAAGGUCAGCUCGCCCAGCUGCGACUCACAGGGUCUCCAUACUGAAGAAACCCCUCCGUCGGAGCCUCAGAGCCCUGUUACCCAGACGGCGGCGGGUGCUGCGGCUAACGGCGGAGGCGGGGUGGUGGCUACGGCGGCCAGUCGACCCACUUCCUGCUUGACCCCACUGCCCCUUGUCUCUCGGGUGAAGACAGAGCAGCCAGAGGCCUCGCCAUAUUCAGUGGUUUGCACGCCGGUGGCCAAGCGGCUUUGGGAAGGAAGCAAUCGGGAAGGCGGCGGGGGUUCAGGGGCAGCUGGUGGAGGAGGGAUGAGGAAGGCGGCUCGCUUUUCCCAAGAAAUGGCACGCGGAAGUGCAAUUCAGCAGCAGGGUAACAUGGGACUUGGUAUGGGUCUUGGAAUGGGCACAGGGGGGCACGGUGGAGGCGGAAGCACCAAUGGCAACGGCACGAGCAGUGCCACCCCUGAAGGCACCAGCCCCGGUACUUUGAGUGCCUAUGCCAGUGAUUCACCCAUCUCUUACCAUGAUGAUGAGGAAGAGGAGGAGGCGGUGGAUGACGGCACUGAAGAGCAGUACAGGCAGAUCUGCAACAUGUACACCAUGUACAGCAUGCUCAACGUGGGUGCUACAGCAGGUGAACGUGUGGAGGCCUUGCCGGACCACUCAGAGACGCGGCCCAGGAUGCGUGGCCGACAGGAUCUUGCCUCUCUCCCCACCGAACUCAUCGCUCAGAUCGGCAACCGCUGUCACCCUAAACUGUAUGAGGAAGGUGACCCUGCAGAGAAACUGGAGCUAGUUUCAGGCACCAGUGUGUACAUCUCACGAGCUCAGCUGAUGAACUGUCACGUCAGUGCGGGAACCAGACACAAAGUCCUUCUGAGGAGGCUGCUGGCUGCUUUCUUCGACAGGAGUACUCUGGCCAACAGCUGUGGCACCGGCAUCCGUUCCUCCACCAAUGACCCCAGCCGUAAGCCGCUGGACAGCCGAGUGUUGCACGCAGUCAAGUUUUACUGCCAGAACUUUGCCACCAGCUUUAAGGAGAGCGAGAUGAACGCCAUCGCGGCGGACAUGUGCACUAACGCUCGGCGCGUGGUGAGGAAGAGCUGGAUCCCCAAGCUGAAGCUACUGAUGGCGGAGGGCGAUGCCUAUGCCAAUUUCCUCCCCGACAGCAUCAAGAUGGAAGCGGACGGCCUCAGCGGCGAGCCCACCUUCGAGACGGCGAGCCUGGAGGGCGGCGCUUCGGUGGAGACCGGAGGAUCCUCGGGCGAGUCUCUGCAGGGUGUGGGCGGAGACAACGGCACUUUGUUUCAGUGAGCGACCCGCCAAGGAAAGCCCUGCCCCAUCCCCUCUGCCGCCCCACCUCCUACCCGCCUCCCACCCCGCUGCGUGACUCUGGGCUCUGCUGCUUCUGCCUGGGAUGGGGAAGGGAGAGUCGGGUAGGAGAUUGGAGGAGAUUGCACGGUCUAGCGUCGGGAGGAACACAAGGGGUUGAUGCCAGGGGCACCAUUUUCUUUUCAAUCAUUUUUGUUUUUGCUGAAUAACCCUCUUUUGCACAGAAGAUCCCCUUUGCCUCCAUGCUCGGGAAGUAAAUCUAGUCACCGAUGCUAUAGGAAUGCGUAAUUAGGAGCAGGAAAAGUUCUUGCGACCGGAGGUCCGAGGUUCCCUGAUCUCUCUCUACUGAAUUUGAAUGUAUUCAUGAUUUUGUAGCACCUGGCUAUGUCAGACUAGCCGAUUGUAUUUGGCCCAGGAGAGAGACAGGAAAAAUGCCUGUCAUAAGAUCUGAAGGAACAGCAGAUGGAGAAAGUAGUGAGGGAGGAGAGGAGAAAGAGAAGUAGGUGGCAUAUUCUGUCUCUCGUUCUGUCUAAAACGGAAAGAAUCUGAUAUCCUCCUCUCCUUCCAUUCCUCCCAAAAUAUAUGUGGGAUCUUAGUCUGCCACGUUCUUUGUUUUUUAUGCCGCCGUUUUCUCCUUUCUCCUUCUACUUGUUCCACUGUGUGUGAUUUAUAUGAAUCCAGAGUUGAUGAAAGAUGAUUAAGAACUGUAAAGGAUAAAAAUAUAUUUAUCUGCUCGCACCUUUAGAGCUCAAGAGAGAGGGAUUGUUUUAAAAUCUCUUUUUUGUGUUUUUAUUUUUUAAACCUUUUACAUUUUUUUUCUUAAAUGUUUCUCAAGAGACACCUUGUUGUCGGGCUUUAAAUGGAAAUAGUGAGGAAAAAUAAGGACUAUUUUUGCAUAAGGAUUAUCUUGCAUUUCAAAGACUGGUGCUUGGCUUGUAUCUCGAUCACGAUCGUGUCCGCAGUAGCUGAAUUCGAUUGGCCGUUUUGACCAGUGACGUACAUUUUGCGUCUCUCGCCGAUUAAAGGGGUAGUUUAUCCAGAAAUCUAAAUGCUGUCAUCAUUUCCUUACCCCCAUCUCAAACCAAACACAAAAGAAAAGUGUUUGUUUUCAUUCACCGAAAGGCCAAUGGGGUUCAGUGUCGUUUUAGUCCCCGUUGACCUUCAUUGCACGCACAUAAAAGUGUUCUUUAAAAGUAUCUUACAUACAGGUUAUACAGGUUCGAAAAAAGACUUGAGGAUGAGUAAAUUGUGGCCGAAUUGGAUAAACUAUUCCUUUAAGAGAAAAAUUGUGUAGGACAUAAAAACAAAGUGUAAACCUUUUUAGCUUUCUUCACCCCCCUCCCCCCAUUAUCACACACAAACACGCUUUUACAGCCCAGGGGGAAGGGAGGUUGUGCUUCUUAUUGUUAGUCACUUUACUGUCUUAAGGUAGUGACUUUGUGUGUGUUUGGGAGCGGAGGAGGGUUUACAUUGCCUGUGUCCCAGGAGAGCGGGAGCAGAACGAUUAAGUCUCUCCAUGUUGCCCAUGUCCCUGUUUGGGCAGCUGUGUGUGUCCGUCUGUGCUCGCUUAGGCAAGCAUGUCUGUGUGCGCACAAGUCACCAUCUGUAUACAUUCCUUGCACAUAGUUGGCACUGUGUGUUUGCAUGUGGGUGAUGUGUUGAGUCGGGGAUUUAGGGUAUGUUUGUUUCUGCGUUUAUGUGCCGGAGGCGUCUCAUACGGAUGCUUUUAAGGAAAUUCGGCCGUCUGAAAGUUUGCCGUAAGCCGUGAACUUUUGCAUAUCCCAAAUUUCCAUCGGGAUUUGAAUGGGAUUGCAUGUGAUGUCUUAAUGUGUGCUCAGGCAUGGGUUUUAAACACACAUGCCUCACAAAAACAGAAAUUCGAUAUUGUAGGCUAUUUUAAUCUAUUUGAGUUAUUAGGCCGUGCGUGUUUGUAUAAUCAUGUUUUUUCGUGCGUCUGAUCUCCUGGGACACAUACAGUAGCCGCCCCCUUUCUGACAGAGGACAUGGACCUCUUUGCACCUUUUGGUAGACUGAACUAGAGCUUUUUGCACCUUUUUAGUAGAGGAGAGUGGUGGAUUGUGCACCUUUUUUGUAGAGUGUAAUCGAAGGUUUUUGGACUAAACUUCCUGGAUGUGUAUGUGUCGGUAUCUGGCCCGGAACAGAAUGCACCCCUGUGUCUGUGGCCAGCCGUGCGGAAUACUGAUGUAAAUAUCGAAGAGACUAUUGAACAGAUUUCGACGACGUUUUUAACAGGUCGUUCGUCUUUUUAAUUGAUGGCUUACAUUAGGUCUUUCACCCCUCUUGUUUUAGCUCAUGUUUUUAUUUCAUUUUUUUUUUAUUUGCAUAACCAAGUCUGGCUUACCUGCUGUGUUUGCAUAUCUGGAAAUUGUAGUAGUUGUUUUUUUUUUGUUUUUUUUCUGGCUUAAGAGCCGUAGCAAAUAAAGUGAACUCCUGGCAAGUUUACUACUUAAAUGCAGUCUGGUUCAGGUCUGACCAGUGACCUCAUUUCUUUUUCUUUUCUUUUGGACCAGAAAACAAUAAUGCCUCUUGUGUAGAAAUGUAUAACAUUCGCGUAGCCUGCGAAAUCAACAUCGGGGAAUGUGCAUGCAUGCAUUUCCUUCUCCGUUUUAUUUCUCCAUUCUUUUAGCAGACCACGUGUACUGUAUUUACUUUUCAACUACUACUAAUUCAAGGUGAAAGAGUUGACUUGCCAAGUUUUUUAAGGAUACAAUAUAGAGUUGUUUGACUGAUGAUAGAGUACUGAGUAUUUUUUUCAUUUCUUUUUAUUGACUAAGUGCUGGGAAAGUGGGGGGGCCAUGGUGAGGGAUGUACUGGUGCUAUGUGUGCUAUUCUUUAGAUGUUAAAGGCCUGCUGGGUCACUGGUGCCUUUUCAGGAGGACUGCGGGAGACGAACUGCGUGUGUAUCUGGGUGGGGCGCGGAGCGGCGGUGCUCCUCUCUCUCCUCUCGCCAGCUAUGACUGUGCCAGUGUUUAUGCGUCCUCCAUUUUGAUGGCACAGAUCACAUAUGCUGCAUGCGUUGCUGGAGAGGAACCGCUGUGUCCAUGCGCCACCUGCUGUCUGUGUGUUGUCACUGCAGCUUAGAUUUACUACUUACAGUCAACACCAGGGGGUGUCAUGCCUGAGAAAGAUGACUCUUGGUGGCCACAAAAAAAUGGCCUUUCUCUUACUAGGAAGUAGAAGGUGACUUUUUUUUUUUUUUCAUUGUUAAAAUACUACAAGUAAGCCAUUUGAAGGUUGAUUUUUAUUUGUAUUUUCCCCUCCAAAAGGCGUAACACUGUGGCUCUGUGGCACUAUCAAAAAGUUGCUCUGUUUGUUUGAGCAUCACAACCAGCCCAAGAGAGCAUCAACCCACGGCGCAAGUUUGAAAUCAUUAUUUUUGUGAUUCCGUUUUAAAUUACACACUUCACCUUUAAAGGAUUGGUAUGAAAGUGUGAAUGAAGGGACCAGUGUCGAUCAAAAAAGACUGGGAUGUCCAUAUCUCGCUGCCUAUCUGUCUGCUCUCUGUGCCCGAGUAAAGCACCUUCUUCUGGGGUUUGCGUUCAUAGACGUGCUCCUCGGAACCUUGUAAUUCAGUCUGACUGUGUCACGGAGCGCAGAGAGCAGGUAGAUGGCGGACGCCUGAGUGGGUGAGAGAGAGAGAGAGAGAGUGAGGGUUUAACUGCCCGUAAGUCUUGUCAUUCUUCCUCGUGACACAGUUUGUUGGGGUACUGUGCAUUGUAGAUCAUUGUGAAUUUGUAAUCUGGUGGAUCGCUGACAGCAUGCCAGAGAGAGUACGGAGCAAUGUAUUAAAAAUGUAACUCUUUUAUAAACGGUGACUGUCUUUCCUCUCUGCAAAAAGGCAGAAACUGGGCCCGUCUGUUCUGGAGCGACGGACUGGCUGUAUUUUGCAGGCUUUCCUUUGGCUUGCAGUUUUCGCUAUGUUUUUUUUUGUCAACCUAAGCCUCUUUACCCAGAAUGCAGCACUGCUAUUCCACUCUAAAUAAGACAUACCACAUAAAGAUACUCUCACCUCUUUCUCCGUGUGUUGCGUUCUCUUCCAGCACACCCCAACACUCUGCUUUCAGUCUUUCCCUGAAAUGAGACGAUGAUGAUGAUGAUGAUGAUUAUAACCCAACUUUGCAAAUGUUUUGGUAAAGUAACGUGUGACAGCCGGACAAAUUUGCGUUUGGACAUAGUAUCACGAAUUACAGAGAAAUACAGACAGGAUGGGGGAUGACAUCAGCUCGCUUGAACAUUCAAAACAACAAACUGGUUGUGAACCUUUUUUUUUUUUACGAUGCAGUGUCUCACUUUCUAUGAAUACAUCCCUAUACAAAUCUAUAUACUGUAUAUUACAUAGAAGCACUAAUGAAGUUUGAUUGUUAGUCGUGCACUCUCAGCAUGAGUUGUAACCCAUACCCAGCUGUGCUCAUGCGGUGACCCUGUAACGCCAGUGCUCAUCCACUCCAUUCUGUCUGUGUUCAAAGUGCCAAUAACUUUGUGAAUCCCUAACUGUGACCCAAUAUUAUCAAAAGUAAUUGCACAUUAACUACUGUAAAAAAUGAGUAAGAGAAAAGUCAAAGGAUACAGCUGAAUAUCUUAAUAAAAGUUUGUAACAAAG